CGCUGCUGUCCGGCCUAACUGUCCUCCUCUCCGCCUAGUUGCUCCCGACCAAACACGACAGCUUCACUUCAGACGCCGCCGCCGCGCUCCCCUCCACCCUAUACAAGAGCCCAGAUGCAUCGGCAGCUCAGCCUCUCACCGGGGCCGAAGCAGCAGCUGCAGCAGCAGCAAGAGCACGACGGCGUCGGCGUCGGCGGCGGCGGCAGCGACGCGGCGGAGGUGAUGGCGGUGCCGGAGGAGUCCACGGCGGCCAAGGCCGGCGGCCGGCUGGUCAGGGAGGAGAGGACCAUCCACCUCAUCCCGCUGCUCACUUUCCUCUGCUUCCUCCUGCUCUUCCUCUUCUCCCACGACCCUUCCUCCUCCGAUAUGUCAAGCUUCAGCGAUGCAGGGAGAACUGGCAACCGGAGGCUGAGGAUGCUGUGAACUUCUUCUAGGGGCAUAUAUUAUCACCAUGUUUUCCUGAUCCGUUUUGGAUCGGAUAUUGCAAUGUAUUUUGCUCUCAGACACUGCAGCUGCAUAGUAUUCAACUACUGAAUCAGCGGUAUUAGUGAUGUAAUCUGAAAUUGUAUGCUCGCCUUUGGUGAGUUCUUGAUCAUUUGAGGUGCCUCUGAAGAAUAAAUGAGGGGCCAUGGCUUAACAGAA